AUGGGACAGUUUUCAUCGAUCCCCGAAGGCUACACACAACUGAAACGUAUGGAAGAAGGAAGCUUUGGUUUUUCGGUCCGAUGCAUCAAGAAGGACACUGGACAGAAUGUUGAUCUGAGGAUCCCAUUCCCAUGCAGCGUGGACAUGGAAUUGGCUCUCAUGACUGUUUUCAGGAGGAAAAACCUGGACAAGUGUAACAUUGUCAGGUUCAUUGAACCUGUCACAUUACCGGACAACCGCACCGCUCUGGUCUAUGAGUCACUGGAUGUUACUCUACACGACUACAUCAACACCAACGCCAGACUGAAUGCGCAUGAAGUCAGGAGUGUGGUCCAACAGCUGGUCUCAGCAUUAAAUGCCCUGGAGAACAUCAAAGUGAUCCACUCGGAUAUAAAGUUGGAUAACAUCAUGCUGGUGGAUCCUAACGCGCAGCCCCUCAGGGUGAAGCUUGCUAACUUUGGGAGGGCUCUUCCAUCCACAUUGGCACAGCAGGGACAAGGUUGCCAAGCAGUGAACUACAGGGCUCCGGAAAUAUUUUUGGGACUGCCAUUUUCAGAGUCCAUCGACAUGUGGUCUCUGGGAGUUGUGAUGGCAAGACUUCUGCUUGGUUAUUCCCUCUUCCCUGGACAUGUUGACUAUGAUGUACUGAGACAAAUAGUGGAUCUCCUGGGUUAUCCCCCGCACCAUCUUCUUGACGCUGGGAUGCACUUACACAGAUACUUUGUGCAAAGACGUAACGGCAGAUGGAGAAUGAAGACAUUUAAGGAGUUUGGGUAUCAUUGGACUGUUGCCAACAAAUGGUACUCCAGAAUCAGCAACCUGGACAGUUUGGACAUGUUGCAAAUAGAGUUAGGGGACAUGAUUGAGCCAGCUGAGAAGAUAGAAUGCACAGAUCUGCUGAAGGCAGUGCUUCGGAUGGAUUCAAGCGAGAGGAUUACCCCCAGUCAAGUCCUCGCCCCUCCAUUCAUCACCAGAGGCACCCUUCAACCUAGCUCUGACAGCAUACAUGAAGCCUUGGCUCAACCUCCACAAAUGCCCUCCGUCAGCACAUCGUUGGAGUGUAAAAACUGGUGGGAUUCUGACACCUGGGAGUCCGCCUUACUGUGCGUUCCCACCAAAAGAUUCAUGAGCGUCAUAAGCAGCCUGCAGCCAUUCAUUUUCAAUGAACACUCGCGACGAAGAGUGUCACUCGCGUCGGCUGCAGCGAGCGACCGCGAGCAGCGCGAUGCCAGCGACCAGAGCGUCAAGCUGAAGUUGAGAGAAGCUGAACUUUAUGCAAAUGAGCAGCACCGCCGCCGAAGCAGCAGCGAGCAGCAGCCAAUAGCAGACCGUGAAUAUUCUCAAGGCGGGACAGUGAAAGAAAGAAAGAAUGAGAUCUUCUGCAGCGCAGCUUGA